AUGUCCGACAACAAUAUCAGCUGCAAGCAUGAGCCUUUCCCUUCCACCACCAUCGACAAUAUUAGCAAUAUCAGCAAUAAUAAGCACGAGGCUGACACAAGCAACACCCCUGCCGUCGACGUGGCAGCGGCUCACCAUCACCCCAACAGUUCUGACCGAGCACAGGACACAGCAGCAAUCCCCACCAGAGCCGCGUCGGAUAUCAUCCCCCAUAACAACCAACAACACGAGGCACAGACUGACACAUCUGAGCAUGCACCCGAGGUCGUUACUCUCCUGGCCUGUGACGGCUCAGCCUCACCCACUCCAACCUCCUCUUCCCUUCCCUCAUCAUCGCCAAGCGACAGUGCGACUGUAGAAGCAGUAACAGAGCAACCUCAACAGGUCCCAAGCAGCACAACAAACGAGGAGGAAGGAGAGAGUGAAAAGGGACAAGGAAUAGCCGAGAGAACAUUCUCGCAGACCUCCCGGUCUAUAUUUGAUGAGCCAAAGCCCUUACCCACCAUGGCCAGGCCUAUGUCCAUACCUUUGAGCAGCCGCCCGUCACCCCUGCAUGUCCACGCUCACGCUUCGACUGUGGCUGAUUCCAGUUCCUUUGUGUCAUCGUCGUCCGCCUCGCUCUCGUCGUCCUCGUCGUCUCUGUCCGAUUAUCUCAUCAUUGGCCAGGAACAGGUCGAAAGAGACGACAGCGAAUGUGACCAGCGCAGCGAGCUCUCCUACGCUAGCAGUCGCGACUCUUACGGAGAACGCUAUGCCGAGGACCUCAUGUACGACGAUGCUAGUCAAGAUAGCCAUAGCGAGUCUCACUCUCCGGCUUCCUCCUCCCCGCCCUCGUCCUCACCCUCUCAUCGCGAUACUCACCGUCGUCGAACAUCCCGCCCAAGCUGUCGAUCCCCUCGCUCCUUUGACAAGGAGGAGGACAACGAAGGGGAGAGACCUGACCUUUCGCGCACUUUCUCGGAGGGAUACACCUUUGAGCAACAACAACGGAUCACCGAAUCUGCCACCAGAUCCAGUGUUCGCAUCGAGGAUGAGGAGGAAGAGAUCCCUAUGUCGUCCUCUCGACCUCAAUCGCGCUCGAGUACCAACAAGACCUACAGGCGACGCUCGCACAAAACGACAGACGACUCGAGAGCCGCACCUUUCGUCACCUCGCCUGUGGCGGCUGCUCCUGUGGCUGCCAUGCCAGUGUUCAAGCUGCCGACUGUCCGUGGGAUGACAAAGUCAAUUGUCGAGCUCAUGGUUGCCUCAGUGGUCUGCAUCUCACUUAUCUCGUGCAUGUUUGCAUUUUCUUACAUCUCAACGGGGGCGAACCAUGCAUUGGGCUGGUACUCUGAUCAGCAGAUUGGCCAACGGAUCCGCGACAGCCUCAAGAAGCGCGAGCAUGUCCUUCAGGAGACGCUUGAGAAGAUGGCCGGAGAAGAGUACGUCAAGGUCAAGCGUCAGAGCCAGCAAUACCGCCAGCACCACCAACAGCAACAACAGCAGCAGGCACGUCCAGGAUCACCGUCACCUCCUUAUGGUCCUGGCGGAAGUGCCUAUUACCAAAAGAGAUAUCAGCAACAAUACCAACAACAACGCGAACAGCGCCAACAACAGCAACAGCAGCAACAGCAGCAACAGCAGCAACAACAACAACAACAACAACAACAACAGCAACAACAACAACAAAAGGCAUACCAGGAUGAUCCUGACCGAGGACGGCUGUCGACGGCUGAAUGGCAGGAGUUGAUCCGAGCAGCAUCUGUCAGUUUUAUGGCCAAGUGGACCACAGCUACUCCCAACCCUUGGACUAGCCGCCGAUAA